CCCGAGCGGCUGCAGCUGCAGCGGCGGGGGAGGCGGCAGCGGGGCCCCGGAGGGGGGCUGCGCAGGGGGCCGGCGCGUAGCCGGGACUAUGGAGGGGCAGAGCGGCCGCUGCAAGAUCGUGGUGGUGGGGGACGCGGAGUGCGGCAAGACGGCGCUGCUGCAGGUGUUCGCCAAGGACGCCUACCCCGGGAGUUAUGUCCCCACCGUGUUUGAGAACUACACCGCGAGCUUUGAGAUCGACAAGCGCCGCAUUGAGCUCAACAUGUGGGACACUUCAGGUUCUUCUUACUAUGAUAACGUCCGGCCUCUGGCCUAUCCUGAUUCAGAUGCUGUGCUCAUCUGCUUCGACAUUAGCCGACCAGAAACAUUGGACAGUGUCCUCAAGAAGUGGCAAGGGGAGACUCAGGAGUUUUGUCCCAAUGCCAAGGUUGUGCUGGUUGGCUGUAAACUGGACAUGCGCACGGACCUGGCCACACUGAGGGAGCUGUCCAAGCAGAGGCUUAUCCCCGUUACACAUGAACAGGGCACCGUGUUGGCCAAGCAGGUAGGGGCUGUGUCCUAUGUGGAGUGCUCCUCCCGGUCCUCUGAGCGCAGCGUCAGGGACGUCUUCCACGUGGCCACAGUGGCCUCCCUUGGCCGUGGCCAUAGGCAGCUUCGUCGUACUGACUCACGCCGUGGACUGCAGAGAUCCGCUCAGCUGGCAGGCCGGCCGGACCGGGGGACCGGGACCGAGAGCGAGAUACACAAGGAUAGAGCGAAGAGCUGCAAUCUCAUGUGAGGGGCUGGGGCGGGGCCAAGUGUAAGGAGCAGUGGCGAAGGGCUCAAUUGUUCCCCUCUGCACCUGGUUCCUGACCUCCUGACUCUGGCAGGGACUUCAGGACAGGCCGAGUGAGGGAUUCUCCUGGUCAGGAGAGCUGAAGGCAGAAGGGGCCACCAUCCCCACAUCCUUAUCCCCCUCCUCUCCACAGGAAGCUGAGGAAGCUAGCAGGACAGGGAGCUGGGCUGGGAGCUGGGGGGCAGGGGUGGAGGAAGCUGGCAUCAAGUAGUGACUUUGGUUUGAAUCUUAGUAUAUGAAGGGUGCUUUCCCUCCACACCCCCAGUACCCAUAUCCUGGCCCUGGCUUCCUUCCCUAAGGAAAGUGUCCAUUCUGUGGCCUUCCCUUUUCCUCUCCUUUCCCUUCCACAGCUGUUCUCACUCAUCCUAACCUCCAGGCAACAUGCACUAAAUUAAAAAGCAAGUUGAGUCCUUCCCCCUUCUACCCACAGUCCUAGCUCCCUCAAUCCCUUCCUGCAACUGUCCCCAAAUAAAGCCCAUGUCCAUGGAAAACAGCUGUGGCUUUAGUUUUGUUGCUUUCUAAAAACCCAAUCUAUCAAUCUCUAGCAGCAGGAGGGAAAGUUAGACUUCAGGAAGAACUUUCUUAUCUAUGCCCAUAGUUGGAGCAGAGGAAAAAGCCUUGGGUCAGAUUAGCAGUGUCCUUUUAGGAGCCAGAGGUGGGGGAGUGAGAGGUCUUGGGAAUAUUCAUCUCAGUUAAUGAGCCAGACAAUCCUAAGGCCAUUAGGGGUUUUUAAGUGGACUGAUGUGCAAUUCAUUCCUCAGCCCAGCUGGGGCCACCUGCUUGUGUGGGAGGGGUCCUGCUGAAGUGGUCCAGGCCCCUUGCACACCAUCUCCAUCCCCCAGCUUGGAAUCUGCUGGUGUCCUGGGAGUUGUGGGGGUAGGGAGAGUAUCAAAAGCCUCCACAGCACAGAAGCUGACCCUUCUGUGCAAUGAAAUUACUCAAGGAGACAAUGGUUUGAUUCUGGGGUCCCUUGGAGGUGAGGGCAGGGGCUCUCACCUUCUUUCCAUCCUGAGCUCCUUGAUGAUUUUGGAGGGAACAUCAGCC